AUGGACAAAGAUUAUUCGUCAUCAUCAUCAGAACGAGAUUUCCCGAUACUAUCAACAUCUCUGGUACAUAAUGAUGAUAUGCAUGUGGGUGUUAUUAACUCGUCACUUGAGAUGGAAAGUUUGAAUAAUUAUAAUAAUCAGCCACAAUCCACAAAGAAUAGUAACCAAGCGGUUACAUUGUCUACAGCUGGUAUUCGUGCCAUCAUAUACCAACUACAAGCAUUAUACCUAAGAACGCCAGUUAAACUAUUCAGACCAUCGAGAUUUGACUACAUGGCUUAUGUUAGGGCGGUAGCAAACAAGCAUGAUGAAAUUUAUUUAAAACCGUACCGAGUUCGAACGCAUUCUUCAGUCGGUAUGCUUGUGAAUGUGCUACGAAAAGAAGGUUGGAGGUUUAUACCUGACCAGGUGUUGCCACCGUUGAUUGCAAAUUCAGCCACUGGACUUAUCUUGUAUGGUACUUAUUUAUCAUCAUUGGAUCAAUUUGACAAGCGCCACGAGGAAGAAAAGAAGCAAAACCAACGUAGUAAUUAUUAUUAUUCUCCGGUAGAUACCUGGAGAGCAGGCUUGAUUGCUGGAGCUGCACAAUCAUUAGCGGCGGCACCGGUGGAUGCAAUAUAUACUAGACUGUCUGCUGCAGAAAUGUUGAAUGGAACGCAUCAGAAUUUAUGGGUUUAUGGGUUAAGCAAAUUAAAGGAAGUUGGUUUGGUUGGAGUGUUCGCCGGUUAUGGGUUUUCAUUAAUAAAGGAUAGUGUAGGGUUUGCGUUUUAUUUUUCAGUAUUUGAGAUUGUGAAGACUCAAGGCUACAAUCUAACAUAUAGUACACUAUUGGCUUAUAAGAGAGCUCGAUUAUCGAUCACAAAGAAAUUGGCUAAGUUAGGAGUUCACGAAGAAAUUCAACAAUCUGAUGAACAAGUCCUCAAACUAGAAAAAAAUCGCCUGAUUAAAAUUUUAAAAUCAAGUUUUAUAUUAUUAGCUGGUGCUUCAGCAGCAUUUACCUUAUUAGCUGUGCAGUAUCCAAUAGCUAAAGUGCAAAAGAUUCACUUAUCCAGAUUAGAAGCUUUAGAUGUCUAUAACGCCUCAAAGUCGACAGCGUAUCGUCCUUUCAUCAAAUUAUAUUAUAAUUCUUAUAUCGAUACAUACAAUCAAGUAUUGAAAAUUAAAGCCAAGUCUAAAGCCACCUGGUUUCAAUUAAGUUACAAGGGCUUCAUUAGAAAUGCAUUAACUACGAUACCUGCAACAUCGGUGGGUUUACUCGUAUUUGAAAUUAUGAGAACCAAGUUAUCAGAUACCUUAGAUGAAGAGGUCUUUGGAACAGGUGCACUUGAUCCUUGA